ACGAUGUUUCAAGGAGUGGAAAGUGGGAGCAUGCCCGCAGAACUUAAAACAAAGCACAUAAGCAGUGAAGAAGCAAGGCAGCAAAACAAGUCUUCACAUGGGAACGAGGUCAAGUGUAUUCCACGCGCUGCAACACAGUCAUUUUGUUUUUUUUAUUUAUUUCAAACUACGCGACAAACAGUUAACCUUCCUCCUAAAAGAACGCAAAUCGCAGUCAUUCCUUCAUCGACAAAAAUUCUCUUGAAAAGCGAACAAUUCUGCCAUGAAAAGGUCGUUUUUCAAUUCGAAACUGUCUGAACCUAAAGGUUAUUGAAUAUUCAAACACUGAAACACUUGAAGCGUGUAGACCGAGUAGCCAAGGGAGAUCGAAACUAGAGAAUCUCACGCCAUUUUAUCCGUUCAAUACUCUUUUCUUCGUUUCUAUUUCAGUUCAAGAGUAACAGUGAUCUGAUAGCUUUCGUUUGGCAACGAAACAAUGAAGAUUUUUACGAUACUGCCAUGUCACAAAUAUUUCCUGCCUCGCGGUUUGCAGUAACAAAAAUAGCUUUAAUUUAUGAGUGAUUUCAUAACAUUUGUACGAUGUCAUUGACUAUUUUGACGUUUUCCUUUUCCGAGCGAUGAAAACUGAAAGCUGAAACGAAUUGAAUUUGUUUUUAAUCUUUUACAGUCCUUUUCAAACAAGAAAGUGGAACAUUUUUCUAUUGCGCUCUUUCCCAUCAAAGAGGAAGACGCUUUUUUCUAUUUGUCUGACAAAAGGGCGACCCCAUCUUUCCGGGGUCGCGAUGUGGCAGUUCUUAGAAAGUUAAGCUGUCACUUGUUUUUUACAUAAACUUGCGCUCAUACCAAUAGUGAAUUUGUUUCAAAGUCCGAGACUUGAGUCAUAAUUAUUUCAACCUCUCUUAGUUUUUCAACGACACCGCCUUUGCUAGAAACAUAUCAAAGCGAUAUUAAGAGAGAAUUCGUCACCGGUUUCUACUGGUAUUAGUGUCAUUUCCUCUAAAUUUUCAUUCGAUCGGGUGUUUAAAGACAGCUUGACGAGCAUCCAAAUAGUAAUUUUCACCUCGCGCAGUUUCUUGCUCGUUAAAAAUAUCGACUCGGUGUGAAUCGAUAUUCAGUAAUUGCAUAAAUAAUAUUUACUGUUAAAACCUUCUUUUUCGAAAGGAAGCUAUUUUCUGUCACCAGGGAAGUCGUCGAGGGCUUGGUGUUCGAUGACAUUAGCGCAAAAAUGAUUUCAUUUUCACACAGUAAUCAUCUCAUUUAACAAAGAUAUGAAAAUAAAACCAAAAAAUUCGCCAAAUAAAUUAAGUUACACUGAGUUCGUUCUCUGCCUUUACAAAAAAAAACAUAGCAUCGUGAAACUUUGAAUACUCUAAGUACCUGAUUUGAACAAACCGUUCUACAGGAACCACUACUUUCAGUUCGUUGAAACAUAUAUUUAUUUAAAAAUGUGUGUUCCGCUCGGAGGUCUGUCUCAGAACCGUAACUGGCUAAAAGCUGUGAUGGUCAGUUUGUCAGUUAUAGAGGUUUCUGUUUAGUUAAAUACUCUAUGAUCGUCACGCAAUGUACGUUCACUGGGCAGCUCUCUGAAAAACUGCUUUAUACUAAAUCGUAAGCGAAUCCCUUGUAGUGGUUGAACAAAUUGUGAUUUGCUUAAAAUAAAUCGAAUGAUUUGUACACGAAAUGUACUUCGAAACAAGCUAAAACGCGUUAAUAGGCUUCGAAAAACGCUACUUUGUUUCGUUUCGAAUUGAUAUUGUUUUGUGACCUUAUUUAGAGUUGACUUAAGUGAGUCGCACAUAACAAAUUAGAGCAACUGCAUAUCUGCAAAUCCAUAGCAACUGCCAAAAAACAGGCCUGUGCGAGCACAUGCUUUUUCCUAAAAACAACAUCAAACCGCCGCUUUAGCGAUGUUUAUGUUUUAAACCUUUUUUUUCGCGAGAAUCUUCGACAUCAGAAUAAAACGUAAAUCCAAAGUCUUAGUUUAUGAAGCAUUAAAACCUUAAUAUAAUAACUGAAAUUACGCAUUUCUUGAAAACUAUAUUCUACGAUAAAUUCGGCUUGCCGUGCUUACGUUUGUAUGCGUUGAUUCUUUUUGCCUACGUAGAUUUCUUAUCUUCCCAUGUCACAACAACAGGCCUAGAAAAUACUUUAUAAAAACACAAUCGAUGGCACGAUAGUUUUCUUAACCUCAAAUAUAAUAUGCCUCGACAAAUAACUUUGUAUGCGGCCAGGGUAUGCUGUUGAAAACUGAAAAGUUCCAGUCUACUCCUUGGUAAACCUCCCGGGGGUACUCCUGGGAAUUCUUGGUAGGGAUGUGCCGCCCGGUUCUCCAAAUCCUGACUUGAUUUCAGACCAAAAAAUGUCAUUUUCCACAACAGUUUUCAGAUCUGGCCUUUAGGCAGAAAUUAUGUCAUCAUUACUUAGAUUAGAGCGCAAACAAAAAAAUUCAUCAAACCCAUUUCGAAUUCGCAUAUUUCUCUUUCGUUCUUACUCAUUUGGAAUUGAAACGAUAAGUACGUUCAUAUACUCCCGUAGUUCCCUCGAAAAAUCAUACCCGAUUCUAGACCAAAAUGGGAAAAGUGUAUACCCGUUUUCAGACCAAAACAUCGCAAAAACCCCACCCUUUGGGGCGGCACAUACCUAUAUAGCUUAUAUAAGGAAGUACCCCCCACCCGUGGUAAAACUGUUAGUUCUUUCAUACUAUACCCUUAGGGGUCAAGGGUGGAGCAGUGGUGAGAGUACUCGCCUCCCACCAAUGUGGCCCGCGUUCAAAUUAGUCCGGCGUCGAAGCCAUUUGUGGGUUGUUGGUCCUCUUCUUUGCUCUGAGAGGUUUUUCUCCGGGUACUCCUGUUUUCCCCUCUCCUCAAAAACCAACAUCUACUAAUUCCAAUUCCACCAGGAAUCAAGUAGACGGAGAACCACUAGGUGGAUGUGCUACCUCUAAAUCGUUUUUAUUUAUUUUUUGUUUUUAACGACUCUCCUAUUUUUCUUUAAAUCCCCUGAAGAACGAGAAAUAAGCUAAGGGGAAAACGUAAUAUUUUUGGUCGGUUUUUGGUGUUUUGUCAUUAUAUUCCAUGACUUCUUAACAUCCUGGGCUAAUUUUUAGUUCUUUUUUUUCUCAACAGUGGAUCUACGGAAGUAUUUCUAACGGUGAAGUUCAAAAAAACUCCUUCAUAGGAAUGGCUUAUGGACCACCUACGAAGAAACAGAAAACUCAAAAUGACGAAAACGAGAAUCGGACGGAGUUCCCUCUGAAGUCAAAUGGUAUUUCGUUCCCUUUCUGCCUUAAAUUCUUGUCGAAAAGUCCAGUUGCGAUGACUCAGCUGUAAUUGCUGUAAUAGGGAGUUUAAGAUACCACGACGGCGACGGCCACGAAAACGUCGCUUAAAAAGUGAAUUUGCGUUCUGUCAAUCUCUAUCGUGAUCACUCGAACUCGUUUACUUUGUCAAAUGCAAGCGCCCUCCUUUUUAGCCGAAUUCUUAAGAACCACAUUCAAGUUCAGAAAGAGAAAGAAAAUUUAGCCGUCGGUUGGUUACGUCCUCUAUGAAACGUGAAAUUAGGCAUUUUCCCGUCGUAGUCGCGCAGUGACGGUAAAGAAAUCUUCAACCAAUUGCUUUUUUGACUUUCUCUUUGUCGUCUCAGUCAUGGCAUCUUAAAGUCCCUAAUGCGAGAAAACAAACUUGAAUUUAUUACCAUAGUUUAGCCAAAUGGAAGGAAGCAAUGUUGUUGGUUAUAUAAAAAAAGAUUCAAACAAACGAAACACGGGCAGCUUUUAAUGAUUUUUAGCGAAAAGAAAUUCAUGGAGACCUAGGGGAUGCUAUGGAAAAAACACACUGUUGCUUAAAAAACCGGUACAAAUAUCCCACGGCGAAAAAAAAAAUUGUCCCUGGGCAAAAACAAUUCUCUCACUGCAAUCGAUAAAUGUUUCAGAGCAUAAACAAAAACCUCACGGCACGCUAAACAAUUACAGCUGAACCUGCAUUAAGGGCCACCUGUCAAGCGGCCAGUAACCAACCCCGAAAAAUUCAGAGAAAAAAAUGAGAAAUUAAACCUCUUCUAAGCGGCCGCGGCCACCUUUUUGCCUUCCCAACGAGAGUAAGUGGCCGUCAAGUGCUUCAUACAUUUAGUUUGGCUUCAUUUCAAGAAUUUGAUGAAAGAAAAUAUUGAAUUAAUUUGCAAUUGCUUAACUUGUAAUUACCACUGCCACGAUUAUAUCUUCAUUUAAAUGUAUAUUUUCGCAGUUCACAUCAUGUUCAUUGUUUCAUUCCAUUCAUGGGUUAAGAUGAAGUCAACAAAUUGGCCUGCUCCCAGUGUAUGGGUCUCCAUAGUUCAAUAAUUAUUGGUAGAGCACUGCAGCUAGCGUUAACGCAGAUGCCAUGGGUUCGAGUCCCGUUGAAGUCCCGAAAUUGCAAUGACCAAUGCGACGAUCAUAUCUUAAUUUAAAUGUGUAUUUCCGCAGUUCACAUGAUCUUUAUUGAAAGAAAAUACUGUUUGAGAUGGAAGUUGAGACCGAUUGUGGAUCAGUAAUGCUUCUCCCCUCGCACGCAUGUUUCAAAAUAAAGUGGUUUUGCUGCUUAAAAUUAUGCUAAUUCAUGACAAACCUCUAUUGAGCGACCAACCUCCAUGAAGUGGCAACUUGCUGGUACACACCGAGGUUAGCCGCUUAAUGGAGGUUGAACUGUAUUUCAAGGCAAUAACAAAAAUGUGAAGACAUAAACAGAAACCUCGUGGCAAAAACAAAUACCUCAUGGCAAAAAAAAAUGCUCAUGACGGUAACAAAAAUAAAUAUCUUACGGAAAUAACAAAUAUCUCAAAGCAAAUACAAAACCCUUAAUAAGGCAGACCACACAGGAAUUUGAACAAAUACAAUAUCUUUUGGUAAAAACAAAAUGAUGCAAUGCUGCACUGCCUUCAGCUAAUCAGUUUGAAAUGGUUCUCAGCAACUGGUUUCUCCGUGUUUCCUUUAUCGCAGAAAAUCUGGUCAUAAGAUCCGAGCCGUUUCCAGAGGGAAGCACUUCUUCUCCGAGCUUGGCGACCUCUGAAGAAAACGCAAACGAGUCUAAUCAGCCUUUAUCAGGAAACACGGCUGAGCUCAAAACGGUGCCUGCUAAAGAUUCAGCAAACAGUGCUAACAGCAGUGCGAAGAAAGCUUCCUUGGAGAAAAAAACAAGCGACGAUGGUGAUGAUCCGUUUGGAGCUUUAGACUGGAAGGACGGAAUUGCUACUUUACCGGGUAAUUGCUUAGUCAGUAACGGUAAUCCUUAAUUAAAACUAUGUCGCAAGCCUUUCCUCAGGAAAUCCCCAGCCCUUGCCAUGAUUUUCUUCACAACCAAAUGAACAUUGCUCGAUUUCAUACCGUUAGGGACUGGAUACGAGUUCUUGUAUUGUUGGAUUAACAACACAAGACCACACGAACCUCAUAGUCAGAAAGAGCACACCAACUUUUUCAAAAUCCCCAUACUGAACAAGAUACAGCCACUCUGAGAAACUUGAAAAUGUACUAAGAAAUGUACGGAAUGGCGAACACGACUCUCGGCGGAAAUUUCCCUUUCUACAACGGUCGUUGCCACAUCAACCCUCAUGAAUGUCACUAUAUUUUUUCGUUUUCUUAGGAAGCAAUCUUAAGUUUAAAAUGACUGAGUUUGGGACACUGGAGAUUGUGAGCACAGUGGAAACAGAGAAUGGCGAGUAUGAGUGGAGCACGCCCACUCAACACCGUAAAACAAGCGACACAAUGGAGCAGACUGGCAAAAAGGCCAAAAACAUUGCCCCGAAAGGUAAGAUAUCCUGACACGUCCGUAGCAUUCCUUGGUUGUUAUAAAAUUUGACAUUAAAAUAGAGAGCUUUAGAUUCUAAGACGAGAACGACUACGAGUACGAGAUUUUCUCAAUAGUAAGUAGUGCACGCGCGUAAACUGGCGUCAUUUUGGCGGGAAAACGUGAUAGCCGUCGUCAUUCUACCACGAGUUUUUGCGAAAAUGUCGUAGUGGCGGAAACAAGUUAUCGAAUGUUAAAGGUUAUCAUUUUGCGAUAGCCUUCUUCAAUAAAGAUUAAAGUGCUAACUUUUCUGAUGGAAAAAAGUACAAAUGAUGAGACGAAUAUUAACCCAGUUCCCAGAGCAACCUUGUAAUAGCUAAUAAGCUAAGCGAUGUCAUUAUUCAUUCAAACUAAUUCUCUGUUUCUGAUUGGCUCAAAUGCCCCAGAACUCUGGGGAAUUUGUGUCCUGAAAUUAAGCCUCUGGAACAUAAAUUCUUAGAUGAUUUUUCUUCUAAUCAAAAAAGAUUCCCGGUUUUUUCCCGUAGAUUUAUUCACGUAACUUUGCUUUAAGUCAUUGGGCAAGUUUAAUCGUACUUUUUUUUCAAGCAGCAACGUCGAGGGACACUAUGUCAACCUUGCCCGACACAAGCGGCAUACUUUGCUGCGAGGUUUGCGGGAAGUAUGGUCUGCCUCAGGAAUUCUCUGCUUCCGGGCGAUUCUGUAGUCUGUCGUGUGUGGGGGUCUACACUGGAAGACGAAAUAAGGGACGAGAGUACGUGCGGCAUGCUAAAACAAUAGAUGGAAAGAUUGUGAAAAGGAAGAAGAAAGGAAAAAAACCUGCCCUGUUAGCCAGCGAGGAUGUGCCCCGGACUCAUGUAAGUAUUCUAAAGGUCGUUAAAGAUCCUCAUUCUACGUCGAUAAUUCGUUCUUAAACAGAUAAAUCUGAGGCCAGCGGCGCGCUCAUUUUACCGCCUCUCGCCAUCAGUGCUCCGUUUUACGGGUAUUUAAAGCUACUUAAAACUACACGGAAAAGAAAGAAGUCGAAAUAGGGAUGGCUUCGCACUAAUCGACUGUACUGAUCCUUGUUUCUUCAUGAAGUGAUAACUGGGCGCUCCCCAUUUGAUAAUUUCAAGACGACACGGUAAAAGUUGUGUUUGUUUGUCUGAUGUUCAGUUUACAUUUCAAGCGGAUUUGUCUUCACACGCAAUAUUAUAACAGUAGUGAUCAAGUCCGAAGUGCGUAUACCCUGAGUACCAGAGGUUUUUUCUCGCGAGCGGUGGGAUGCUUUGUAGCCGGCCGAAAAGGCCGACCGAUCUUGGGCUAAGGCCGAAGCCACUAGCGGCGCAGGUCACUAUAAAGACCGGACCGCAACCAGAAAAUGGCGCAUGAAAAGACUCUGGCACCCAAGGUAAGGUGCGUCUUCUACCGGAGUUUUUCUUCUCUUCCGACGCUUUUAAAUCCGCCCAAUAAAAAAGGGCGAGGUGUUUAUCAUCAACAGCUUCAUAAUGAUAUCAUCAUUAGUAUCAUCACCUGAUUGUUGACACAUUAUCGUUUAGGAAACAGCACCACCAGGGGACAAUGAACCAGAAAUGUUAGGAGCUCGAAGAACGUUUAAAGUUAAAAGAAAGCGAAUGAAGAACAAGCUUAAAUUCAAGAAGGCUUCCUUAAAUGCAACCGAUCUCAUGAAAGGAGAGGACGGUACGUUUAUGUUAUUAAAGAAAAAGUGUUGUUAACACUUAACCCAUUUAUCCAUUUUUUAAUGUUUACGUUGUCUUGUUUUUUUCAGUUCCCUACGAUUCAACCAAAGCGUUUGUGUGGGAAGACUAUCUUACGGCUUGUGGAGCGAAAGCUGUGCCAGCCAGUGUCUUUAAACAGGUGCGGAUCUUUUAUUAAAACAAAGCGAAAAAACGAGGUGUAACUGAGUGUUUUUAGACUUGUCAAAACGUGAACUGAGUGUUUGUCCAUUAAAGAACCCUGUGAGCAUUUGUGCCGAGUACUAAAAGGUGAUGAUGGCAUGAGUCGGGCUGGCUUGCUUUGUCGAGGUCACUUUUAUCCCGGUAUUACACGAAGUGAUCCAUCCCGGAGCCGUCGUGUGUUUACAAAGAGAUUUUUUAAAGCAGUGCGCAUGAGUAGUAUUUUACCCGAUGCCCCACUGUUGCUGGUUUUGUUCAGCGGCUGGCCCGGCAUGCGUUAUAACAUGGAAAAACCUCAUCCCGGCGACAUUUUAUACUGCGGAUCCCGGGCGAACCGGGAUUCCCCUGAUGGAACGACAUUUUCAUCCUGAGGGGUAACCCUAAUUUCCUGAUGGAUUAACAUUUCAUGCUGAAAAGACACCGAGUUAAGCUCCGGCCUUGUGGGGAUGUUACUAAAACCUGGAGCGAGGAACUGAAACUUGGAACGGCAAACAUGCACUGAGAACGAGAAAAUGAACAAAUGGGUACAAAACCUAACUUGGACCCUAGCUCUAGCAGCUACUUCAUUACACAUUGUCUGAUUUUUUCCCUUUUUUCCCCCUUCAUUUUCCCUCUUUAUGGGCUCGUUUCCCGUUCCCCUUUCCCCGUUCCACGUUCCCGGUUCAUCUUUUUAGUAACACCCGGUCAUGCGGGCUUUCGUUUUAUAGAAAAACAACACUCAAACCUUUUUUCCCUUUUAUCACAGGAAAAUCCGUUCCUAGAUCUAGAAAGUAAAACGACGUGUGGAUUCGAGAAAGACAUGAAGCUUGAGGCAGUUGAUCCAAAGCAUCCCUCUUACAUCUGUGUUUGUACUGUUGUCAGAGUUAAGGGGACCCGACUAAGGCUUCACUUUGACGGCUGGUCUGAGAGUUAUGACUUCUGGACAAGCGCAGACUCCCCUUUUCUUUUCCAUGUAGGCUGGUGUGAAAAGAAUGGACAGAAGUUACAUCCCCCUCGAAGUAAGAGAAUACUCGAGCAACGAAGCUAUUAGAAAUCCCCUGUUUCUCAUUGGUUAUUGAAACCAUAGCCUGCGUCGAAGACACUGUAAACCACCUGUAUACCAAUGGACUAGAUGAUGCGUGGGCCGGCUGCAGCGUAGACUAUGCAAACACUUUAAUUAAGAGAGUUUUUUUCCCGUCAGUGACUCAGGUAGCCACCCACGCAGGCGUUUUUAGGGGAGCUCGUAUUUCGUCCCUCCCCACAAACGCCAGCUCAACCGAGAACAACAUUCCUUUCCCAAGCUUAGCUAAUCACAUUGUACCUUCCAAAUUCUGGAAACCUGACCUUGACCGCAGGAUAACCCGAUAAAUACACGAUCUGCAUGAAACUCUGGAAAAGCUUUCUGACCGCUAAUAAAUGUUAGACUCAGAUUCAGAUUUUAGAAUACUCCGUGCACUGCAUAACUUUAGCGAAGGAAAGAAAAGAAGGAAAAAGGUAACUCGAGGGUCACGCUUUUAUACUUCCAUGAGUUUAGGAGUCGUGUUAAGCCUGUCAACACUAUAUUUCAAAACUGUUGAUUGGUCUUUACUACGCGAAUAAAACGUUGGGAAAAGAAUGUUGUUCUUUGUUGAGCAGGCGUUUGUGGGGAGAGACGAAAUACGAGCUCCCCUAAAAACGCCUGCGUGGUAGGCUAUGACACAGGCGGCUCGGAAGAAAAAUCCGAGUAUUCCCAGCAAGAGUCGAAACAACGACCUCGUGGUUACUAGUCCAGAUGCUCUACCACUGAGCUACAAGAGACUCGAGGAAGCUGAGGAAGCUAAGGAAGCUAACAUAGGUUCAAGCGACAAACAUCUUGCAUACUACUAGGUUUUGGCUAGUCCAUUUGGUAAUUUAUGCUGUUGCUAUGGUGACUGCCAGUAACGUCAUAGUGGUGUAUUUGUAUUAACUAAUAGGACUUUCUUUACUUCUAAGGUAUGUCCGCUGCUGAUUUUAAAUGGGAGACCUACUUGAAGAUGUGCGAGGCUAAAGCAGCACCUGAACACCUUUUUAAACCUGUGAGUUGAAUAACUUGUAAUGACCUAUCAGUAACUACAAUCAUGAAGAAAAGUCUUGGGACUCUUUUGCGUUUCUGGGGCGUUUUCCAAUUCACACAGGUCCAACCCCUCCCCUCACCCCACAUACAAUGUUGGACGCGUGUAUCCAGAAUUUUUUUUCCGAGUUUCAACUUUGUAUAGGGUGGGGGGAGGGAGAACUGCAAGAAAAUUUUGAAAAGGAUGCACUGCUUUAAGAGGGAACCGAGAAACGAGAAAAAAAUAUGAAUAUUGCAGUACUGUUCCAAGGACUUUUGUCCAGGAUUGUAGCUGUGCUUACCUAGUUAGAUUGUGUCUGGUUCCUCCUAAAAUCUUCUGCAAUUGUUAUGGGAUUUAAGCUAUGUUGACAGUGGUGGAUCCAGGGCCCGAAGGGCCGAAAAAAUUUGUUUUUGAGACCCCCGCCCCCUUCCCUAUCUCAGGGUCUGGAUGACUGGGACCCCCUCAUCUGAAGGCCUGGAUCCGCUGCUGUUUCAAACUCUACCAGAUAGCUCUUGCGCCGACACGAGAACCAUACCGCUCAGGGCUUUUGUUCACUCAUAAAAACGAUGAUUUCACUUCCAAGCGCUAAGUCCUAUCCUAGUGUAUAAUUCAUGACGAUUUAUUUAACGGCAUAAUUUAUGACGAGGCAAAAGGCAAAUUCCCUUAAGAACAGACAAGCUAAAAAUGUCUAUUUUGGAGUUGCACGCUUUUUAGGCAUCCUACUGAUGAACGCUUACGACAGUUUUUCAAUGCAGGAGCAACAAUCGUUUACAAUCUAUUUUUUCCCUCUCAAUUCAACAUACAUUCAUAAAUUUCUCUUUCAAAUUCAGGUCAACUAAACAUGGUGCAUUUAUUUCUCCACGUGACAUUCACUUCCAGUGUUUUCUCUUUCCAGAUUUCACCAACCAAGCAUGGCUUCAAAGUUGGAAUGAAACUAGAAGCCGUGGAUCGGAUGAACCCGGACCUCAUCUGCGUUGCCACGGUCACGAAUGUCAUUGGCAACUAUUUUCUGGUUCAUUUCGAUGAGUGGGAUGACUCCUAUGACUACUGGUGUGGGGAUGACUGUCCUUAUAUUAGACCAGUGGGGUGGUGCAGAGAAAAUAACCGAAAUCUAAACCCGCCUAAUGGUAGGAUGUAAAGAGGCGAAAAUCUCGUCAUUCAAGUUUGAAAAGCUUUUGACCAAGUCCAGGCUCAGCAAGACAGCUAAAAUUCAACUAACUGACCACUUUCGUAAGCGGACCCCCCUACCUCCCAACUGUCUUGGCAAUCCCACCACUAAAACCCCGACGGCAUUUCUAACUUCCUGUAAAGGGACGCAGACACCAUUUAUAAUUUUUUACAGUAUUCUAGCCGUGAAUGCUUUUCUUUUUGCAAAUUAUUUACACUUUUUGUUCAAAUUAUUUCGUUCUGUUAGAUGAUGAAUUUCACACCUUUCGAUGGGAACAAUACCUAAAGUCCACAGGCUCCGUUGCCGCGCCUAAACACUUCUUCAAAACGGUAAGUAUGCCCGUAAGUGUUGUUUUCGAUGCACUCAAGCAGAUUUCCGCAAGCUAACUUGAGCUUAUCUCGGAUAGCCUGUUGUUUCCACCUGCCCAACUAGACAACAGCCUGGACUGCCAAACUACGAACUCGUUCUGGUAGGCUACCCGCGCGUAGUAAACGCAUAACCUUAAAGACACUUAAAAUCUAUUUAUUGCUUCUUAAACACGAAGAGUGCAAGAAAACAAUGACUGCGAAGCCGUCUAGAUCCAGCGAUUUUGUGAAGACUGAUCUGACCUACAUCUGCGCUUACUCCCUUUUAUCAGUGUUAUUAAAGCGACAAACAUACCGUAUUAAUAUUCGAUUAAGCGCCCAACCUCGAAUAAGCGCCCUCGUCGAAGAACUGUCAUCUCUCCAGGAAAAAAAAAUUGAGACUUCCCUGAAGACCGAGUUUACUUAGUAUUUUAAAGAAACUUUAUAUUAAUGAACAAUUAUCCGGUUACUUAUUUCUGAAAAUGGCGUAGAUUUAAUUAGCGCCCACUCUCAAGGUCCAAAACAGUCUCAAGCUAAGGUCCAAAAAUUUAUUUGGCGCCCAGGUUGUUUCAUCGAAGAAAUACGGUAUGAACUCCGCAUUGAUACUUGGCAGAAUAUUUUCGAUGAUAACAAGUUAUUUUCAUUACUUUUCCUUUGUUUUAGAGACCUCUACCCGGUUUCAAAGUAAAACAGAAGCUCGAAGCUGUCGACAAAAGAAACCCUUCCAUGGUGCGAGCAGCCACUGUAGCAGAAGUGAACGAGUACCGCUUGCGAAUCCAUUUUGAUGGCUGGGACGACAUUUACGAUGAUUGGUUUGAGUCUGAAUCCUUGGACUUGUACCCAUGCGGGUGGUGUGAAAAGACAGGCCAUCCCCUGGAGACUCCCCUAAGUAAGUUUAUGUUCACCAUGGUGUGGGGCCAUUUUGAGUUUGAGUGAUGUUGUUUCGAACUGCACUAUGGGACUGUUUUCUGUACGUCAGUAUUAUCAUUUCUUUAAUUGGUUUAUUUUAAACCUAGAGGGGCUGUGUACUAUUUGGGUACUAGUCUGUUUAAUUAUGGGAUAAAAACACGAGAUCCACAAAGUCAGAAAGAGAAAACCGAGUUUGGCAAAAUUCCCGGGGGGGUACUUUAGGAAUUUCUGGGUGGGGAUGUGCCACUGGGACCCUGGAACCCUUAACCUAUACCAGAGUUAGUUCAGUCGAAUUUUGCUACCCUAUACUAGAGUAAACUUCCCAAAUCCCCCCUAUCCUAGAGUAGCUGUUUUCCAGAAACUACUGAGGUCAUUAGCACAGUCUAGCCAAAACAAAACCUUAUACCACAAUCCCUGGUCUAGAUAAAAUCUUCAACCAACUGAUCAGUUUCCUGAAAAAUGAUACCCUAUUCUAGACCCAAACGCUCUGAUUUAUAUACCCUAUCCUAGAGUAAACUGCCUGAAAACCAUACCCUUCACAGCGGCACAUACCGAUAUGGCCCAUAUAUGGCCCCCCUCCCCCACGGGCAAAAUUCUCAAGUCUUAUGUAAAUCGAGCCAAUAUUGUACAAGGUACAGCUUUUUAAAAACUUUGAAUUGCGGGACAUAGAACUUAGCUUUAAUUAAGCAACGAUGAAAACGACGACGGUGGCAAAAACGCUCAAAAAUGUCUAUUCACGCUGUUUCAAAAUUCAUCGCUCUUAUUUCUUGUCGUUCAAUUUGUCAAAUGUUGUCGAAUUUUUCUGGAGGUGAAUUCUAAAGAACUGUAUCUAAGUUUUAAAAAGAAUUACAAAAUCGUUUCCUUGUGUUCAUGUUCUCAGCAAAACGUGUCAUUAGGUAGUUUCACGUCGUGGUGGUGCAACUAGACUAAAGCAAUGUAUAAUAAAAGCGUGAUGCACGUGCAUAGUUGUUGUUUUGUUUUGUUUCGUUGCAGUCGUCGUCGAUGCUUAAACUCCCUAUUAUAUGUACUAUGUGUAACAUGUUUCAAUAUAAAUCAUUCUGUCGGACCUAACCGUUUUAUGUUGAUUGUUUUAAUAACUCAGCUACACGCGAGAAGAUAUCAAGUGCUGCUUGUCCAACUCCCGGAUGUAAAGGCAUCGGUCAUGUGAAGGGUGCUAAAUACUCCACUCAUCACAGUACCUUUGGUUGUCCUUACUCAUUACAGAACUUAAACAAAGACUCGUGCCUUGUGGAUCGACUCUCCAACAACUCCAUGACUGAGGAAUCUGAUUGGUCGUACGCUUCUAAGCAGAAGUUAGCGGUUGUGAAGGCGAUAAAAGGUAAAGAAGUGCGUGGACAUGCUUAAGGUUAUACUUUAGAAUUGCAUUUCACCGAUCCUUACUGCGCUUAAUAGGCCAUUUCCGAGUUGAUCCGAGCCUCGAGGCUGAGUGCGAAGCCUAUAAUAAAAGAAUAUUUUUUAAAUCUCAUGCAAAUAAAUCUCAUUUUUGCUACAAAGGUUUUGCACUUAGCGCAGUUUUGAAAAUGAGAGGUUUUGGAACUCGUAAAUGUCCUGAUCAAGCAUGAUUGGCGUACGCACAUUAAAAAUAUAAAAUAUGGCGGCUUUUGGCGGCUUUUGCCGUAUGGCUGGCGCUCCCCAGGGAGGUAAAACUUGAGUGUCGUGACUUAUUAUUAUUUCUUUGCUCUCGUUUUCAAAAAGAACAUUAACUUUCUCUCUGUAGACUAAAUAUAGACAUAUUUGUAGUGCAAAGAUUUGGGUUGUAUUGUUUUGAUUAGUUCUGCUAACUUUUCAACGAGUCAAGUUACUUACAAAGUGUUAUUGAUCAUAGAAGAAGUCCACCCUAACCCGGCAGAUGGAACUUGUCCAACACCCGGAUGUGACGGCUCAGGUCACGUGAGUGGUCAGUGGAAGACCCAUUACACGUAAGUACUCGCUUUUGUUUGCCCUUAGGUUUAAAAGCUACGUAAAGAAACCUCUCUACAAUGCAUUUUGAAAUCCACAUUUUGCGAUAGCAAAUUGGAUCGAAUUACAUCGGGAGGUUUGAAAAAUCGGCGGGUAAAAUUCAGGUAGUUUACCGAUGAAUGGAAGUUUUAUCGAAAAACCGAGGGUUCGAGAAAUAGGGAUUCCGCUGUAUUUCAGCAUCUUAAGAGGAUAAUUUCAAUUUGGGACAUUUUUAGGGACAGUAUGAUCUCUUCUAUUUGCUAUUAGAGAUUGCGCUAGGGUCAUAGUGCAAUUCGAAACUAAUCAAAUGCGUGCUAAAAGUUAAGUAAUGCCGUGUGACAGUACAGACAGCUUGCAAAUAAUAGAUGUGGUAUUUGAAACGGUCUUGGGUAACGUCUCACCAUUACCUUUCCAGAUUAUCAGGUUGUCCCAGAGUGAAACAUUUAUCAGCGAAAUCCCCGCCAGGCCCGAAGAAGUCCGCACUCCACUCUCCCACCUACAAGAGCUUCGUUAUUGGCGGUAAAGAAAGUGGUAUCAUCGGCACGCGCAGUACCUCCCGGUAAGGAUUACCUAACAGGCCACUUCCGAGUCCCAAAAACCCUCACUUUCAAAAUGAGGCGAAGUGCACAACCCUUCUUACGAAUAUGAAUUUUAUUUGUAUGAGAAUGAAAAAUCAUUUCCAUUUCGAAGGUUGAGCCCUUAAUAUCGUUUUGAUACAGAGGCCAGGGGGAACUCGCAAAUGGCCUAAUGUAGUUAAGAUAUGUCAGUCGAGCGGUUGACACCUCGAACUUUAAGCUUUGUCAGCGCAUUGUUUCCUCGGCUGAACUAAGCUCCGGCCGCGUUGGCCUGCUCAGCUCGUGUGCGUCUUUGCAUUAGUUUAAUGGCUGCACUCAUUUUUUUCUUGACGUGCUUUAGCGGCAUGUGUGGCACGUCCUGGCCGUUAACCUUCUCCUAUACAGAGCCAGGUAGAAAAAGUGAUAAUAGAUGCUUAUGAGGAAACUGUACCUUUUCAGCAGAUCCGCUGUCAAGGAGGAAAAACUGGAUAGCAGCAGGCUUAGAGGUAAUUUUCUUUUCAUUCAUACUUUUUUUCUGAAGGGGGGGGAUUGGGGGAGAGGGAGGAACAUUGAUACCUCUACGCCAAACCAUUCUGUUUUUUUUUAUGGGGAGAGAGGAACACUGAUGCCUCUAUGACUUCACAGCGGUCAAACGAGUGAAAUUUGCAAAAGUUAAGCGAAAUACUUCAAAGUUAAGGUUGCUUCUUUCACUAUCGAAAGUUUAGGGUAUUACCAACAUCCUGUUAGUUUACUAAACUUUUUAAAAGUUUACUAAAAAAGUUCUAAGUGAUUGAAAACCGAUGCUGACGUUAUUAUCGGCGCUAUUUUCAAACAUGAUUCUCUUUUAGCGCGAAGCGUUUUCAGCCAAAAAAGCUCAAAAUUUUGACAAAAAUGGAAACGGUAGUUAUGUUGACUAACUGAUUUAUACAUCUUUGCCCAUUUUUCUCUAACUGGUAAAUGAAAUCCCAGCAAUAAAAAACAAAAAUAACGAUUUAGACGUUUGACCGCGGUGUGCUCUAUGCCAAACCUGAGACUAAUUUCACCUCCUCUAUUCGCCACAGUAGAAACGAGAAGGCGACUGGAGCCGAAAUACGUCCUGCAGUUGUUUCUGGGAUAGUUUCUAGGGACGUGCCGGUCAGCCAUUGGGCAGUUUUUUCCCUGUAACAGUCCCAGAAGUCUUUGCAAAAGUUAACUCGUCCCAGUUCCUUUUUUUAAAGAGGCGAAUUAGGUGAAUAUUCAGAUCAUGCGCAAAUUAAGAAAGAGGUUCAGUAUCCACUAUGAUGCUUGCAAGCGCGGGACAAAGCAAAUUCUAUUUCUCGAUAGGAGCUCAAACAGUCAUAAACUUUUGAGAAUUGGGAUGCUUACCAUUUACAUAAACCACCCAUGUGGAAAUGUUGCACAUAUACAGUAAAGCAUUAGAAUUGCCGUGGUGGAAGAAAGACUCGCUACAAAGUAGCAAAAGAAUUACAUUGCCUCAAAUCACAGCCAAUGUUUUCUGAAGCAUUCUAACCGGAAUGGCGCAAAGCAUUUAAUUUUUCAACCGGAAUUUCCGGGUUUUUUUAUGUAAAUGGUAAGUACCCUGGGCAAACCAGUGAAUAAUGAAUAACCUCCUUAACUCUUAAUAGUAAAGUGCCUCAUUUUUCCUCUCAUAUUGUUCCUUUCUAGUCGAAGACAAAGGCAUUCAACACGUUUCUCCCUUCUCGUUCCCAUGGCCACUCGGCAGCGGAUUUCCAUCGGCGUUUCUAAGCGAGCUCAAGACUUCCAUCAAUCAUAAUAACCACGCAGCGGUAUCCAAUGAACGCCAAAAAAUCAUGCGCUGGAAUGUUGAUGACGUCGCUAAUCACGUGCGGUUACUAGGCUGUGCUGACCAGGCCAAGAUCUUUGUUGAACAGGUGAAAUUUUCUGCCCUGUUUGCUUUCCGCUUGAUAAUCAGUAACUGAGUUAUUUUCAUCCUUUCUUUAAGCCCUGCUUUCCUGUCCUCCUCUCUGAAUUUCUCCCUUGCUGUUUCCCUUCUCUGUCUCCCUUGGAUCGUCUGAUUCGUUUGCUCCCGCACUAAAACUUUGACAAAGGUUGAUGAACCAUCGUAGUAGUUCAGAUGACUGUUGUUUGGCUACGCACGACUUGUCGCCGCGGUACUCAAACUGCAAAUUAUUCUGCGACAAGUAAAAUGGUUAAGGAUAUUAAGGAGCAUUUGAAGCAGUUGAAAAGGCUGGGCCACAUUUUUUACUGCUUUUUGCUCUGAAAGGUUUUGGUCGCCUAUAGACCUUUCCCUCUUUACGCUCCAGUGAGCAAACAUAAAGAAAUGAAGACGAGGCUCGGAUAGACAUUUUCAUACAAAUCACUGGAGUCUGUCCACCCGUGCCGCGAGUUAGUGCCUUUGUUUACAGGAAUGCGCGAAAGGUCUAUUAUUACUGAUUAACGUUGUUAAAUGCGAUUAUAAAAAAGAACGAAGCUCAUGCAACUGAAACGAAAUUGGCCUUUGGAAACAGUAAACGUAGGUUACUUUUAAGACCCAGACUUCUGACCUCUGAUUUUUUAAAUUAUCUUUCAGCAAAUUGACGGAGAAGCAUUCCUUUUGCUCAACCAAAGCGAUAUUGUUAAUAUUCUCAAGAUUAAACUUGGACCUGCGUUGAAGAUCUUCAACACAAUCCCAAAGUUUUGAUGCUAUUUGAACUGUAACUAGUGAAACUCACAACCGUAUCGACGGCCUCUGAAAGAUGUGGAUAGAAGGCCGAGCCCUGCACAGUCAUAAAUAUCCGGGAACAACACAUUUUAAACACAGCGUGAGUGUCAUCAGGCCUGGAUAUCUCUUGUCUAAGACACCAAGACAUGGUGGUGUGAGAGCAUAAGGAUGCCUAACCCAAAAGCCCUUCGCGACCCUUCUAUCAACACAUAUAUUCUCUUUUAUACUUACCAUAAAUCUGUCAUAGAACGUUUUUGAGGGUCAUUUUGAACAAUGAUACUGUAAGGAGAAAUUAGAUGCUAAUCACAGUUAAGUCUAACCCUGAGAAGGGCUAAGCAACGAGAAAGCGAGAAAGGCAUCAACUGAUCGAAAAAACGUGCGGGCCUCUGGAAGGGGUUUUAUUUUUAAUUAUUAUGUUUAGUCUUUUUAAAAAUAUAUUUUCCGCCGUUUUGUACAAAGCGCCUGGUAGGCGCGUCGCGGCUUUGUCAACAUAAAGCCAUCAAUUCUGCUAAUGAGCUCUCGGGAGGCGAGAUGUGAGUCGAUGUGAGUCGAUGUGAGACCUAAGACAAGAACGAUCACGUGAUCGAGGUUUUCUCAAUAUGAAGCAGUGCACACACGUUAUCCAGCGUCAUUUUGGCGGGAAAACGUGAUAGCCGUCGUCAUUCUUAUCGCGUGCCCAGAUCUCCUAGGGUAAGAUGGAGCAAGAUCUGGGUACCAGAUUAGCCUCUCAUCGGCCUAAGAACUUGCACGCAGUUAUAUUGAGUAGUACAGCAGCUCUUUCAGGAGCUCUCUUUUCAUUGGCCUAAAUAAGCAGUAGCUUCUUUUGUUUUUAGGCCUAGGGGUAUUGUUUGUGUUGGAUCAUCUGUUGUUUCGUUCUUCAGUCACAGACCAUGUCUGAAGAGCUACUGACCUUCUCGUUAUAUUGAUAACCUUGAUAUAUACUCGUGAAACAUAGAUAAAUAAAAUUUCCUACCAAAUAAACAGUACAGGUGAAAAAAAUAUACUAAAACAGAACAGACGUUUGUAUUGAAUGCAUAUCCCUUUUGUGGGGUACGUUUUAUUGUGUUAUAAACCUUGUAGUGUUGCAUG